AUAGCGCACUAUAGUCCCUUUGCCAACAACAAGACAUAUAGCUUAAUGGAGAUGCCAGCUCUAGAAGCCUACGGUGCCUAGAUCAAAGAGUGUAAGAGUUACGAUUGUAUGCAUUUUCUACUUCAACAGCUAUUCAUAACUGUAUAAUGGCUAGCUUGGUAAUGUUCUCACCUUUCCCCUGAAAUUUUCAUAGUGGUCCGACAUAGAUUUGUAGCACAGCCCUAUGUUAGGAUGGAUGGUUGCAAUUUGGCUGGAGUUGGUCUAGCCAACAAACAUGAACGUAAUAGUUGUGCUAACAGACUGUUCAGUAGUGCAGCUAGUUGUCAACUUUAAUGUCAUACUUAAUUCACUAUUAAAAGAACAAAUUGGAAAGUAAAUUAAAAAAAAAAAAACUCAAAUUACUUAAUAGGCAUGUUUCUGACAAGUACUGUAGUAUAUAUUUUGUACAUAUAUUGUAGAUGAACUUUGAAAAAUUCAAGGAGCUGUUCCAUUAAAUGACUUACAAACUGUUUAACACACUGAUAUUUGAGAUCUUGAAAUGGAAGAUAAGCACUGCUCCCGAGCACUUUCUUUAAAUUCACUGUACACACAUCCUAUGAAGAUUACACGUUUGAACUUCGCUAUGGUCAACGUGAUUGAUGUCUACAAAAUGUACGCAUGCUAAAUGAUCAUGGUUUCUGCAACUGUAGUCACAUACUACACUGAUUAUAUACUUGCAAAAGUAUCUCGAACUGAGAACUCGUUGUAGGGGUUUGAUUUUCGGAAAUUGUUGGUGCCGACAACGUUAGUGCAAUUUUACCCAUGAAACUGGUAUAGUUUAAUGCUUUGUCUGCGCGAGGACAUUAACAUAUUGUAAUGAAAGAAAGGGUGUGUACGAUUGCCUUUACGCCGAGAUGUAGUGGCUGGUAUGUAAGUAAUAUAUCUUAUAUUUUUAAUCUUUUUUCUGCUAUUGGAUACCUAAGUCAACUGGAAGAAAUUUAAAAUUUUAACCCCUAACUUCACUAUUUUGAUAACACAAUUACACAGGAUCAAAAGAUGAAUAAAAUUACACAUUACUGGAGACUAGGCAACGAUAGCAACCUGCCGGCGUCACGUAUAGUAAUUCCAAAACAGUGUUAUCUCAAUAUAUAAUUUCUUUUGGUAUUUACAAUGCCCUGUAACUCAAAGUCACAUCGAUACGCGAAAUUUGAUUAACAGGCACCUCACAUCACUCUUACAAGAAACACCUCUGCGCAUGCGCGAAGAAACAGUUGAAUAGUGACGAGCGCUUGUUUCAUAGCCAUGGAUUAGUCGGUUGACAGGAGUAGCGUGGCGUGAGCAGUCAGGCGUUGCAAGGAAGUGCGGAAACCGCUCAAUGUGCAAGAUUGUAGGCAACAGUGAGUUGAAAAUACUGUGCAAUACGUCCAAAGUGGGAAGUGGAACUGACCCCAAAUGUCAGAGAUCAUUAUAUAUAAGGUAGCUCACAAGUUGUAUUUACCCACUUGGCUGUGUUGACGCGAUGGACGGGUUGUUUGUUGCUGCUUUGGACGUGGGCACAACAACUAUUCGCUGUCACAUUCUUGACGAAACCACAUCGGUAGUUGGUACAGCUGUCAGACAGGUGGAGCUACUGUAUCCAGAGCCGGGCCACGUGGAAAUCGACCCCGAAACGCUGUGGGAUGCAGUUCUUGGCGUCCUCAAGGGUGCACUAACAGACGCUGGCUUGUCAGCAGCGCAGCUGGUUGCACUGGGCAUAUCAAGCCAACGAUGCACAUUCAUCACGUGGGACCGCGAAACUGGCCAGCCCUUCCACAACUUCAUCACGUGGAAAGACGUUCGUGCAGAUUCCAUCGUACGGCAGUGGAACGACUCGUUCUCCAUGAAGGCGAUGCGGUUCGGCGCCCGCCUGUUGUACACGGUGAGCCGGAGCAGGCGCUACCUCGCCGCCAGCGUGCUGCGGCUCAUGAACACGCAGGUGACGCCGCGGCUGCUGUGGGCGCUGGAGCGCGUGCCGGCGCUGCGGCGGGCGGCGCCGGCGGGCCGGGCGCUCUACGGCGGCGUCGACUCGUGGCUGCUGUGGCGGCUGACGGCCGGCGCCGCGCACCUCACCGACCACAGCGCCGCCGCCGCCACCGGCUUCUUCGACCCCUUCAUCGUGCAGUGGUCCUCCCUGGCCGAAGGCUACUUCGGCAUCCCCGCCGCAAUGCUGCCCCGCGUCUGCGAGGCCACCGCGGACUUUGGCUGCACGGCGCCCGACAUACUGGGCGCGGCCGUCCCCAUCCGAUGCCUCAUAGCUGAUCAGGCAGCAUCAACGUUUGGGUCAUGCUGCUUUAGCAGAGGGGAUGCAAAGGUCACUUUGGGUACUGGAACAUUCCUUAACGUAAAUACUGGACAAACACCACAUGCAUCCGUGGCAGGGUUAUAUCCACUUAUUGGCUGGAAACUGGAUGAUGAAAUUACAUACAUAGUAGAGGGGGCUUCAAAUGACACAGGAUCCCUAAUUAACUGGGCACAAACUGUUGGUUGGUUGAAAAGUCCAGAGGAAUCUGAACAGCUUGCGACAUCUGUUAAGGAUUCUGGUGGAGUUUUCUUUAUACCUGCUUUCAGUGGACUGCAGGCACCAGUGAACAAUCCCCAAGCAACUGCAGGAUUCCUUGGUGUAACUCCACAAACAGAAAGAGCACAUAUAGUUAGAGCCAUUUUGGAAAGCUUAGUUUUCCGAGUGCUGCAGUUAUAUGAGGCACUGAAAGAAGAGGCCAAUUACACAUGUACUACUAUACGAAUUGAUGGUGGUGUCUCCCAAAACACAUUUGUGGCUCAACUGCUAGCUGACCUGACAGGUGUCAAAGUUGAACGUUCCACAACAGCAGACACAUCAGCAUUGGGGGCAGGUUUCCUUGCUGGACUUGCUGCAGGUGUAUGGAAGUCAAAGAAUGACCUGUGCAAACUUAGGAAAGUCAGAGAUGUUUUCGAGCCAAGGCAAGAAGUGCAACGAAGAUAUGAAAGCACUUUAGCUCGCUGGAGAGAUGCUAUGGAACGUUUCUUAGAUUGGUAUCCAUUACCGAGUAAUAAAUAGGCUGUGAUAUUUUGUCCAUCUGCAAUAUGUUGUGCUUCCCACAUUAUAACUUUCAGGUGACAUGUAACUCAGACUGAAUAAUUUUACACUGCCAUGAAGAUGCGAAUUAUUUUUGAUAAUGCAGAUUGAAUAGUUUUAAAAUAUUAUGUAAAAAACAAACUAUUUUUCUACACUAAUAAUCGUCUGGAGGUCUGGUAUUUUAUAUUUUAUGUGACACACUUUGAUGAAUUUUGUGGAGGUUAGUACAGUACAAACCAAAUUAAUGAAUUUGCUGGUACUGAAAAUCUUAAAAAUAUUAUGCCAAUUAUGAGAUUUACACAGUCCACUCAAAUCAUUUAUAUUUUGUUUGUGUAAAUAAAUCAUUAAAUGCUGUUGGUUAUCAGAUAGGGAGCUUUUAAAGGAAAGGAACACCUCCUGCUGCUCUGAUAGUACUGUAAUCUCCACAUGCUUUGUAUAGUGGUAUACUUCUUAUUACAUGACUGGUUCAAAAUCUCCUGCUUGUAGGAAUAUACAUAAUCUAAAAACACAGUGAAUUCUGGUCAGCAACUGUGAAAGGAAAGAUGUAAUCAAAUGACACUGUACACCAUGUGUUCCCUCAUGCAUUUUCCUGGUUGUUUACCUCAUAAACAUGUGAGUUAUAGUGUCAUAUAUCUUCAAGUAUGAGAACGGAAUUAUUUUUCUUAUAUUUGUCCCUUUUACAUUAAGCAAAAGACUCUCGAAAUGAAAAUAGUCUUUUAGUAAGCUUAAAUAAACAGAGUGAAGUAGUAUUGUGUCAUACAUAUUUUCUGUUGAAGCCCAAAAGAUGAUUAAAUAGUCCAAGUACCAGUGAUAAACUGAAAAUGAUAAGUAUAACUUUAUUGUUUUUAGCCUGAUGUUUUAUAUUUACAGUUCGACCUGGACCAUAUUUUAACUAUGUCUACUUACUUAGAGCAAGAAUUAGUAAUGAUUGUUUAAUGUCAAUAUUACCUGUUUGAUUUUCGUUCACAAGAAGAGUAUUUCAUGUAUUUGUUUAACUGUGACACACUUUUUGUUACAUAUGUUUGUUCACUUUGGAGUAUCCAUUUUUGUCAUUGUUAAUUUCUGCAUAUGUGAGUGCAAAUGUGUGCUAGACAAGAUUCACAAUUGUCGAAUAUUUUAUAUGCCUUGUUGAAUAUGCCCCAUAAUAUUUAUGGGGCUUUUGGAUGUUUUAAUUGAGUCAAAUUAAGAUUUUUCAAUUUUGCUCAUUACUGUGUUUAUCCUGAUUCACAUGUGUGACGGUAAAAUUUUGAUGAACGAUUUAUUAAGCACUAACAAUGUUUCAUUCUUCAUGGGUACAGCAAUGGCUGAAUUUGUUUAUGCCUUGACAUUAACAUAAUUGAGUUUUGUCUUAAAAUGUUUUGUUGAGACGAAAGAAAAUUCAGCUGUCAGUAUAACUGCAUAAACGGAAAUGUGAAACAUUGUAACUGGCUAAUGAAUUUUUCAAGCAACUGGAGUUGGUUUCUUAAUACCGUAUUGCUCAUUAUUGUUGUUGUUGUUAAUAAAAAUAAGACAGUAUUUUUCUUGUUUA